GCCUUCUUCUUCCCUAAAAGCGGCUUCAACCCCGAAGGAAGAAGGCUCUCGUCCACAUCUCGGAUACCUCCGACAAGGAGAGUUAGCAAGCACGAAAGGGAGAGGGAGGGUGGGGGAUAGGGAGAUGGAUCCCGAUUCGUUUCGCUCGACCUUGUCCGGCCUCGCGCUGGGGAAUGUGAUGGCCGCGGCAGCUAGAGAUUACCAAAAGGAAUUGUUAGCCAAAGAGAAGGCCCAGGCAAAACCAAGUACGAAUGAACAGGUUGAUCUUGAUGAACUGAUGGACGAUCCUGAGCUGGAAAAAUUGCAUGCAGAGAGAAUCGCAGCUCUGAAGAAAGAGUGUGAGAAGCGAGAAGUCCUAAAAAGGCAAGGUCAUGGAGAGUAUAGGGAGAUAACUGAAGGGGACUUUCUAGGGGAAGUCACUGGUAGUGAAAAAGUGAUUUGCCAUUUCUACCACCGUGAAUUUUAUCGUUGCAAGAUAAUGGAUAAGCAUCUAAAGGCCCUGGCACCAUUGCACAUUGAUACAAAGUUCAUCAAGCUGGAUGCUGAAAAUGCGCCCUUCUUUGUGACAAAAUUAGCAGUCAAAACCCUGCCUUGCAUUAUAUUGUUCAAAAAUGGCAUUGCCCUCGACAGGCUGAUUGGGUUUCAAGAUCUUGGCAGCAAAGAUGAUUUCACCACGGGAACCUUAGAAAAUCUUCUGAAAAGAAAAGGCAUCAUAGAUGAAAGGAAAGGACAUGACAAUGAUGAAGAUGCAGAUGAUGAUACGGACAGUUACAGACACAGGAGCAUCAGGUCUUCUACAGUUCAGGAUUCUGACUCAGACUGAGCAGAAAGUAAUCCCACCAUGUUUUUAAUCUUUAUGUCUAACUUGACCAUAUACUCUGAGAAAGAUAUUUUUGCACAUGCGCUAGUGGUUCUUGAACCCAUAAAUUCUGACAAAGCAGCAGGGCUUCAGAUCAUCUAGGAUAUGUACUGAUACACCACCUUUCUUAUUUUGUCUUCAUCCAGUUGCCCUUCCUGUUCUUCUGUCCAGACUUGAGAUUGCUAGCCUAUUUUCAGCAGUUAUUAUUGAGGAAUUCCCUUCAGAAAUCCAGAGGUUAAGAUAGAGAAAGAAAGUUGGUGUGUAAAGCUGGUUAGUAUCUUAUGGUAUGUUGUGCUGCCCCUGUUCUCAGAAUGAUAUAUGGUUCAAGAGUAAACAUUUUAUUUUUACUUUAUUUUCCAAAUUUUUAGAGAGUUGCGUGAUUAUCAGUAGAGGUGUUCCUGAGAAGUUGUCCUGCAGUUCUUCCAAAUCUGUGGGCUUAAAUAUUGGUAACUUGGUAUAUAAACUCUGGGAUCUUCGAUAAUGUGUUCCUUGCAAUCUAUUUGCAGCUGUGGCAUUAGGAUGUAUAAUCAUCUUGAUGUAUGAAUAUAAAUUCAGUUU